UGUAUUGAAGAGGUGUUUUCUUAUGUCACUGUUGUUGCUGCAAAUCUUUCGAUAAUCCCAUAACCCAGAUUGUUUGUCACCUUCUACACUGUCGAAUUAUUCGUAACCGUUGAUUUCUAAUCCGUUUUCCACACUCUGUAUUUACUUCUUUUGGUUCUUGAUAGAUAGAGAGAGAAAGAGGGUGUGAUAGAGAGAGAAAGAGAAAGAGAGAGAGAGAGAGGGAUUUAUUUAUAUCUCUAUAAAUAGAUAUCUGAUCCGAUUUUAUCUCUCUUUUUUUCUUUGGGUGCUCUGAUUUUUUAUUUUAAUUUUCAGAGAAGAGAAGAGAAGUGGAUUUUUAUGUCGGCAGGUUUUGAAUUGGGUGCUGUUGUUGUAGUAUUUGGAAUUGGGGGUAAUUGGAAGAGGUGUUUGUCAACAUAUUGCAGUGAUUGCAUGCGAAAAUCACUCUGCUGUGGAUUAUUCCAGCAGAGCACACUCAAUUUCUUCCCAACUGUUUCGAUGCGUUUGAGGCCCAAAAGGACUUGUUCUGGAGUUCAAUUUUUUGGGGGUUAUCACAUAAAUCGGCUAUUCAAUCUUUUCUUGUUCUUGAGAAUCAAAAACCCCUUCAUACAAUCUCUCUGAGAUUUUUUCUUGAAAAAUUUUUGCAACCCAUUUUCCCCUUUUCUUUUUGAGUAAUUUAGUUUUGGAAGAGUCACAGUUUUGAGGGUAUUCUUUUUGAGGGGGUUAAAAAAAAAAACAAAAAACAAAAAUGUUCGUAAAGAAAACCAUUCCGGAGCUCCGAAAACCAGUUCGAUUCAAUCAGGUGUCCAUUUCCAAGAAACCGCGGGCCAAACCCGAACCCGCCCGACAGCCGAGGAGGGUCCGUAUCAUCUGUAACGACCCGGAUGCCACCGACUCUUCCGACGAUGAAGGAGCCCCCGAGAAGGUGAAACGGGUCAUCCGCGAAGUUUACUUCCCAACCCACGACCCGGUUAAGGCGACGAAACCAACUGCUGAUGAAAUUGCCAAGAAGGAAAAGGUUUUCCCACCGAAAAUCGAAAUCAAACGAAACUCAGUUACGGGGAAAUACAGGGGCGUUCGGCAACGCAAAUGGGGCAAAUGGGCUGCGGAAAUCCGCGACCCGAUCCAGCACAAACGGGUCUGGUUGGGUACCUACGACACCGCUGAGGACGCUUCGAUGGCUUACGAGAUAAGGCGAAUGGAGUUCGAGGAAAUGGCCAAGAAUAGUGGAGUGGACUUCUCGUUCGAGAAGAGUUCUUCCAAUAGCAAGAACAAUGUGGAGAAGCCGAAGAAGCAUCUCAAAGACGCCGUUUUGGAUUCCUCGGUCUCGGAGGAAUCUAGCGGGAGUGCAGUUUCUCUCACUUCGCACACAUCUCCCGCAUCGGUGCUCGAACUGCUCGAAUUGGAUUCUUUGACCUCCGCUUGGGGUUUUGAUGUCAAGAACGAGGAAGUUAAGGCGAUGGACAAUGUGCUUCUAGAAGCUAAUAAUGUUGUCGAGGAUAACAUUAAUGAUGAAUUGAUGGCGUUGGCACAAAUCGGACAAGAAAUGGAUUUGGAUAUGGAUAUGGAGUUCGGUCCGCUUUUGGCGGGAGAUGGUUUUUCUGCGGCCUUGGACGAUUUUGUUUCCGAUUUCUUGGACAUUCCGAUUGGUGGGACCCACGAAGAUGACGGUGGGCCGAUCCCGUUGCCCGAUUGCGAUUUCGACUUCGAUUUCGGAGGUUGUGUUGAUGACCUUGCUUGGAUUGAUGAUGUGCCAGUGCCACCUGUGAUGAAUGGAGCAACCCCCCUCAAUAUAGCAUGCCCAUAAGUUUUGCAGCUAGUAUUUAAAUUAAUAAUAAAAAUAAUAAUAAUAUUAUUAUAGGUAACUAAGUAUUUUUAAAUAUAGAGUGUUCUAUCAAGAACCGGUCGGGACGAUGUAAAUCGUUUCUUUCGGGUUUUUUAUUUAUUUAUUUUUAUAUAUUUAUAAAGAGUUUGUUUGUGAGAAAGAUUUUGUGUGAGGGAAUAGAGAUUGAUGAGCUUCUUUUUUGUAUUAAUUGUGUUGCAAGAGUUAUUAAAUAUAGAAGGGGGCUUUUGGGUUUUCUUGUGCUAUUAGAGCCGUCCAAGGGUUUCUAAAGAGUGUGUUUAAUGUUUGUUUAAUGAAAACUACAUUUUUUUUGGUGCUAAUGAUUCUUGUUUAGUGUU